UAUAAAUAGAAGAUAGGUUUAAACACAUCUAUUUUCAAUCCUCUUGAUAACAUUCACUUUCAUCCUUUUUUUUUUCCUCCAUAAGAAGAAAAAUAGUCUGCACUGAUUGAACACUGUUAGAGCUAUCUUUGUUCAUAACUGCAAGCUUUGAAGGUCAAAGAAGAACAAUAAUUGUAUUUCAAAGGCCGCAAAUGAUACAGCUAAUAAUAAUAAAGCCAACCCUUUUUUAUUUUAUUUUAUUUUUCCCUUUCUUUUCUUCCUUCAUAUUUAUCAUGAAUUAUCAAUUUAUACCCUCUUCACCCUCUUCUUCGGUAUCAAGUCAGGAUGCAAAUCAAUCACCUCGCACUUCCUUUUCUUCUUCUUGUAGCCAUUAUAAAAGAUAUUCUGAACCUCAAGUUGCUGUAACAACAAUAAGACGUUGGGAUGAUUCUCAGUUAGAAAUGGAACUAGCGGAAGAUAAUAUUAUCAUCAACAAGACAUCACAUCAACGUACUACUUCACUUUGCUUUAAUAAAAAGAAGAAAACAUUCUAUUCUCAACAAAAUAUUCCAUUAUUUAAAAAGAUACGCAACUGGUUAUUUUAAGGAAAAAAAAAAAAAAAAAAACUAAUGUCUUUCUUUUUGUAAAUUGCAUGCAAUAUUUUUUUUAUUAUUUUAUUUUUGUACA